CGCUUUGCCCAAAAGCUGGGGCCCCGGCUUAGUGGUGGAGGGGCUCUGGGGGCACGGAGGAGAGAGGCAGGAGCCGGAAGGAGGCAGGGACCAGCCCCCACCCCCCGCAGCAGCUUCUCCGGGACUCUCUCCAGCCUCCCUCUCCGCUGCUCGGGGAGCCUCGGGAGGUUCCUCCCCAAUGCGCGGCGGGGAAGGAGCGCGGCGAUCUCUCUGAGGGGCCGGAGCCGAGCGCUCGCCGGGUCCCAGCCCGACUUCCAGGGGCGCGAGAGGCGGGAUUUGCGGAGUAUGCUGGCGGGCAGCAGGCUCCCAUGAUGAGAGGGUGGAUCCUGCUUCUCGCUGUGCUCCUAGCUCCGGCACCAGUUACGGCACAAAAAAGAAACCAAGGGACGUGCAUCAAUGUCUAUGCGGCAGACAUCGUGUUCCUGGUGGAUGGAUCCUCCAGUAUCGGGAGGACCAACUUCCACAUGAUCCGAGCCUUCAUGGAGGACCUGGUCAGGCCCUUUGUCCAUGUGGUCGGUGAGAGCGCGGUGCGAUUCGGGGCAGUGCAGUACAGCGACGACCCCAGGCUCGAGUUCACGUUCUCUCAGCAUCCCAACGGGACGGAGGUGAAGAGGGCCAUCCAGCGGCUGAGCUACAAAGGCGGGAACACACGCACGGGCGCCGGUCUCCAGUACAUCGCUGACAACUUCUUUGGGCCCACUCAGAUCCGGGCCGGGGUCCCAAAGGUCUGCAUCCUCAUCACAGAUGGCAAGUCUCAAGAUGACACCGAGCAGUCCUCUGUGAAGCUGAAGGCUCAGGGCACUAAGGUCUUUUCUGUGGGGAUCAGGAGUGCAGACCGCGCGGAGCUCAUGCGUGUGGCCUCCACUCCCACAGAGGACUACUUCUUCUACGUCGAUGACUUUAAGAUCCUGGGCACCCUGCUGCCGUUGGUGUCUCAGAGGGUGUGUGCCAGCACCGGAGGGGUCCUGCAGACGGGUCCACGGGUGUACAGUGGCCCAUCCAACCUGGUCUUCGUGGAGCAGGCGGUCGACAUGCUGAGGAUCCGCUGGACUGCAGCGGGUGGCCCGGUCACAGGCUACAAAGUCCAGUACGUGCCGCUCACGGGCUUGGGGCAGCAAGUGACAGCAGAGAUGCAAGAGGUCAGCCUGAGUCCCAGGGAGACGAGCGCCGUGCUGAGCCAGCUGAGAGGAGGAACGGAUUAUCUGGUCACCGUCAUCGCCCAGUAUGCCAACAGCAUUGGCGAGUCGGUCUCUGGCAAAGGACGCACUGGGGCCCUAUCUGGAGUGUCGAAUUUCCGAGUGGUGGAGGCUGGGCCGUCCUUCCUCAGACUGGCCUGGGGAGCUGCUUUGGAGAACUUGCAGGGCUACCGGCUCACCUACGUGGCCCGAGGUGAAGCUCAAGCGGAGGAGAUGAGCCUGGGAGCCAACGCCGUGUCCGUCACACUCCGCAACCUGCGCCCCAACACUGACUACGUGGUCACGCUUCAGCCUAUCUCCCAGCGGCAGACGGCAGCACCGGCCCAGCUAACCGGCCGAACCCUGCGUUUGGAAGGGGUGCAGCAGCUGUCAGUUCAGAACAUCUCCCAGCAGAGCAUGCUGGUGACCUGGCGGGGUGUGAGUGGAGCUACUGGAUACCGGGUGUCCUGGGGGCUCCCCUCAGGCCAGGACAUUCGGAAAUUUGAUGUGGAUGCCAGCAAGAAUUCCUACCUGCUGACAGGGCUGCAGCCAGACACGGAUUACCUGCUGAUGGUUACUUCACUCUACGGGCAAGUGGAGGGGCCCCCAGCCUCCAUUAGGAGAAGAACAGAAACCGGCAUAGUCCAGUCCCUGAGGACCGUCAUUCUGGGCCCAACAUCCAUCCAGGUGGCCUGGAACAUCAUCCGCGAUGCCCGUGGCUACCGGCUGGAGUGGAGAAGAGCAACAGGUGCUGAGCCCCCACAGACUGUGUCCCUGCCCACCAACAUCAACAGCUACCAGCUCACCGGCCUGCAGCCAGCCACGGAAUAUCGCAUCACCCUCUACACACUGUACGAUGGGAGGGAGGUGGCCACACCUGUAACCAUCUCCCAGACAGGAGUUGAGCCCCCAGUGGGCCGCAUUUCUGACCUGCGGGUCAUUGAUACCGUGGGGAAGAGGAUCCGGCUGGCCUGGACUGGGGUCCCGGGUGCCACUGCAUACAAGAUUGUGCUGCACAACUCCCAGGAUGGCAGUGACAAGACCAGGCAGAUCCCAGGCACCCAGACCACGCUGGAGCUCGAGGACCUGAGAGAGGAGGUCACCUAUGUAGUGCGUGUGUCAGCCCUGAUUGGCAGGCGCGAGGGCAGCGCUGUCUCCAUCAAUGUCCGCAUUGAGCCCUCGGUGAGCAGCGUGUCCAACCUGCAAGUGGUGCCCGUGGGCGUGGGCCGUGUGCGGCUUCUGUGGAGUGCCAUACCCAGGGCCACUGAGUACAAGCUGGUGAUCACCAACAGGCAGGAUGGCUCAGAGGAGACCAGUCGCGUCCCCGGCAACCGGAAUUUCUUUGAGCUGCAAGAUUUGAAGGAGGGAGUCACAUACCUGGUGCAGGUGACAACCCUGAUGGGCAGCCAGGAAAGUGACCCUGCCACUAUCACUGUCCAGCUGGAUCCCCUGUCUGUGGGCAGCGUCACCAACCUGCGGGUGGCUGAGAUGAGACCCAACCAGCUGAGGGUCGCAUGGAGUGGGCUUCCUGGGGCGACUGGCUACAAGUUGACGUGGCAGGCGAGUGAUGGCCAGGCGAUCUCCCGGGUCCUGCCAGCCGACAGGACCUCCUUCAGCAUCGAGGAGCUGCAGGCCGGGGCCAUCUAUGUUAUUGGGGUCUCGGCCCUGGUUGGCAGCAGGGAAGGCAGCCCCAUCACCAUCACGGCUAGAACAGCUCCGGAGCAGGUGGGGACAGUCUCCAGCCUCAAGGUCCUCUCGUCCAGAAGCAACGUUGUCCGGGUCACCUGGGUUGGAGUGCCUGGGGCAACAGCCUACAAGGUGGUGUGGAGCCGGCGAGACGGGGGCUCCGAGUCGAGCAAGAUGGUUUCUGGUGACACCAGCUCCUUUGACAUUCUCAACCUGGAGGGUGGAGUCAGCUACACCGUGAAGGUCACAGCACUGAUUGGCAACCGCGAGGGUGACCCUGUCUCCAUCGUUGUCACCACACCGGCAGAGGUGGCCCCCCAGCCUGUGGGGAACCUGCGGGUGAUUGACUCCUCGGACCAGCGCAUUCGCCUCACCUGGAGCCCAGCGCCAGGCAGCACCGGAUACCGCCUGAGCUGGAGGCCAGCAGAUGGGGGGCCGGAGAGGAGCCAGCUGCUCGCCCCCAACGUCAACUCCUACGACAUCGAAGGCCUGGAGGUGGGAGAGCGCUACGAGAUCUGGAUCACCAGCCUGGUGGGCAGCCAGGAGAGCGAGACAGUGGGCAUCGCUGCCAACACUGCACCGCUGGGCCGAGUCACCAAUUUCCGGGUGACGGAGACCCGAGACAAUUCUGUGACCUUGGCCUGGACUCCGGCUCCCAGAGCCACCGGCUACCUCCUCACCUGGAAGCUGCCCAGAGAGGGAGGCGAGAUGCAGAGUACACUGCCUGGGUCAGCAACUUCCCACCAGGUGUCGGGGCUGCGGCUGGGGCACAGAUACCUCUUCACCAUCCGGCCGCUGUUUGGGAGCGCCAGGGGCGCGGAGUCCACCCUCACCGACCGCACAGUUUGCAGGGACGCUCGCGGUGACAUCAUCUUCCUAGUUCAUGGCACGCGGGACAGUGCCUACAGCGCCGAGACCGUCCGUGCCCUGCUCUCCAACACCGUCUCAGCGCUGGGCCAGCUGGGCCCCGAUGCCUCCCAGGUGGGCCUAGUGAUCUACAGCUACCGCAGCAUCCCGUGGGUCCUGCUGAAUCACUCCAGUGACCUGGGCGCUGUCCUGGAGCGGAUCCGCACCAUGCGCUACGAGGAGCCCAGCGGCAAUGCCCUGGGAGCUGCCAUCAACUUUGCCAGGACCUACAUGCUGAGCCCCAGUUUAGGGCGCCGGCCUGGUGUGCCAGGGGUGCUGGUGGUGCUGGCAGACAGCCCCUCUGGUGACGAUGCCAUUGGGCCGGCCAGGGAGAUCAAGGCAGCAGGGAUCCAGGUGCUGGCGGUGGGCAUGGACGGGGCAGAUCGUGAGCAGCUGCGCCGCAUUGUCACCAAUGAAGACCCACGCCAUGUUUUCUAUGCCAAGGAUUCGAGGGCCGGUCUGUCAGAGCUGGAGGACAGGCUCGCCAGCACCCUCUGCAGGAUGACUGUCACGGACAGGCUGGAGCCCUGCACAGUUCAGUGUCCCAAGGGUGAGAAGGGGGAGCCCGGCCAGACUGGGCAGAAAGGACGCAUGGGGCAGCCUGGCCCCCCUGGAGACCCGGGGCUCAAUGGGCUUCCGGGCCCCCCAGGACCAGUGGGGCCACGGGGUGCCCCAGGCGAGAUCAUCGAGCGGCCAGGCCAGAAGGGGGAAAGAGGAUACCCAGGAGCGGAUGGGAUCCCAGGAAGCCCUGGUCGCCCUGGAAACUCUGGCUCUCCUGGCCAGCCGGGUAGACAAGGCAUUCCCGGCCUCCGAGGGCUCCCGGGGGAGCAGGGCCCAGUGGGACCUCCCGGGCAGCGGGGAGAGAAAGGCGAGCCGGGAGAUCCAGGAGUGAUUGUGAACGGAGGAGGGAGGCUGCCUGGCCGGAAAGGGGAGCCUGGGAGUCCGGGAAAUCCUGGCAUCCCUGGGAACCCUGGGCCUAGAGGAGCGGUCGGUGAUCCAGGACCUCCUGGGCCCAUUGGACCUCCAGGGCCAUCAGGACCUGCCGGAGAGUUUGUCAAGGGGGCGAAAGGCGAGCGAGGGGAGCGGGGCCCCCCCGGGCUGAUUGAUGGGGUAUCUCCCGGAGGAGAGCCAGGCAUCCCGGGCUUGCCUGGCGAUCCUGGUUCCCCUGGGCCCCGGGGACCUGCUGGGCCCCCAGGACAGAAAGGAGACAAGGGUGAUGGGGAAGAAGGUUUUCCAGGGCCGCCAGGUCGCCAAGGGGACCCAGGAGAUCGGGGCCCGAGAGGACCUCCAGGUGAACAAGGAAGCAAGGGAGACCGUGGGCAGCCGGGAGAACUCGGAGAAGCAGGGGAGAAGGGCGAUCGCGGACCCCCUGGGCCGGAAGGGAAGAAGGGGGAGCUGGGAGCUCCAGGCCGCCUGGGCCCAGCAGGCAGAGAGGGAUUGCCAGGACCGUCCGGCCCCCGAGGGGAAAAGGGGGAUCAAGGUGCUCCUGGGGAACCUGGAAAGCCGGCUUCCAGCGUCUCCGGAAUCAAAGGAGAGAAGGGUGACAGAGGCCCUGUAGGAGCAGAGGGGGCCCCGGGUUCCAGGGGAGACGCAGGAGAUAAAGGAGACCGCGGCCCCCCUGGAUUCAGUGUCGCUGGCCCGCCUGGCCCCAAAGGAGAACAGGGCGACAGGGGGAUUGUCGGCCUCACUGGCAAGAGUGGCCCAAAGGGUGACCCCGGGGAACCCGGUGAGAAGGGGGAGCUGGGGAGACCAGGAGCUCCGGGGCAGAUGGGCCUGCGAGGGAAGGAGGGUGAACGUGGUGAGAAGGGUGAUGAGGGGACCCCAGGAGAGUCGGGCCAGCCUGGAAAACCUGGCGACCGGGGCCCCCGGGGCCUACCAGGAAACCGUGGCCUCCCCGGGGAGAAGGGUGACCAGGGAGACUCCGGCGAGGAUGGCAGAAAUGGCAGUCCUGGAGUACCAGGGGCCAAGGGCGACCGUGGGGAACCGGGGCCGCCUGGACCCCCAGGACAAAUUAUCAAUUUGGAACCUGGAGGAGGAAUUGGAGAGAAAGGCGAGAAGGGGGUGCCAGGGGACCCCGGAGAGGAUGGGAUGAAAGGUGCGAAGGGCGAAGCUGGGGUACCUGGCCUGCUUGGAGAGAGGGGGAUCGAAGGUCCCAGAGGCCCCCCUGGAGCUCGGGGUGACCCUGGAGACCGAGGCCAAUCAGGAGACAAGGGAGACCGAGGCCCUCCGGGGCUGGAUGGCCGGAAUGGCUUGGAUGGCAAACCUGGGCAAAUGGGCCCUGCGGGGCAAAGGGGUGACCCAGGCAAGCAGGGUGACCCCGGCCGAGAUGGGCUGCCAGGCCAGCGAGGGGAGCAAGGUCCCCCAGGAGCCAUGGGCCCCCCGGGACCACCAGGCUUGGCUGGCAAACCCGGCGACGACGGCAAACCCGGCCUGAACGGGAAGAAUGGAGAAGAUGGGACUCCAGGAGAAGAUGGGAGGAAGGGGGACAAAGGAGAAGCUGGCGCCCCUGGCAGAGACGGUCAAGAAGGCCCCAAGGGCGAGCGAGGAGACCGUGGGGCGCCAGGCCCCUUGGGACCUCCUGGUGUCCCCGGUGUACCUGGGCAGGUUGGACCCCCAGGCCAGGGUGCUCCAGGCCUUGCUGGGGCUGCCGGACAAAAGGGCGACCGAGGAGAGGCUGGAUCCAAAGGAGAACAGGGCAGACCUGGGGAUCCUGGACAACGUGGUGAGCCUGGGACCAUCUUGAAUAUUGAACGUGCCCUGGAAGCCUAUGGGAUUAAGAUUGCCUCGCUCAGAGAGAUCACUGGAGCCUAUGACGGCAGCACUGAUCCAUUUCUGCCCUACCCUGACCGCCGGAAAGGUCCAAAGGGUGAUAGGGGAGACUCAGGGGAGAGGGGACCUCCAGGCAAAGAGGGUGUGAUGGGCUUUCCUGGAGAGAAAGGGCCCAAGGGCGACAAAGGAGACCAAGGCCCUGCUGGCCCCCAAGGCCCCAUGGGACGUGCUAUCGGAGAGCGAGGUCCAGAGGGGCUGCCUGGCCAGGCAGGGGAACCUGGCAAGCCUGGAAUCCCAGGGGUGCCAGGGCGGGCCGGGGAGCUCGGAGAGGCUGGCAGGCCUGGCGAGAAGGGCGAUCGGGGCGAGAAGGGCGAUCGGGGAGAGCCGGGCAGAGACGGCGUGCAGGGUCCUCCAGGGCCCCCGGGACCCAAGGCAGAUGUGGUGGAAGGGAGCCUCUCGGGUCUUCCGGGGGAGCGUGGACCCACAGGACCCAAGGGAGCCAAGGGAGAGCCCGCUGAGGAUGGCGAGAGAGGACCCAAAGGAGAUAAGGGUGAACCUGGGCAGAAGGGGGAGAGAGGAGAAGCUGGCGAGAAAGGCAGGGAUGGCAGCCCGGGCCUCCCAGGAGAAAGAGGCCUUGCUGGGCCGGAAGGGAAACCGGGUAUGCCAGGCUUUCCCGGAGUUCUAGGCCGACCGGGCAACCAGGGAGAUCCAGGGCCACCAGGCUCAGCUGGGCUUGUUGGACCGCCAGGCGCUCAGGGCCCACCUGGAAUAAAGGGAGAUUCGGGUGAGCCUGGCUCCAGCAUUCGGGGCUUGCCCGGGCCCCAGGGGAGCGUCGGCCUCCCAGGCCCCUCAGGCCCCCCCGGCCUUGUGGGACCGCAGGGCGCCCCAGGAUUGCCAGGACCAGUGGGCGAGACUGGAAAGCCUGGAGUGCCGGGGAGAGAUGGAGUGCCGGGGAAGGAGGGAGAACCAGGGCUGCCUGGGAAAAUGGGUGUGCCAGGACCCACAGGCCCUGCCGGACCUAAAGGAGCGCCAGGGGACGCCGGGCUCCCAGGACAGACGAUUGUCGGUCCUCCUGGGAUGAAAGGCGAGAAGGGCGAAUCCGGAGGGACUGAAGGGAACCUGUUGGGUGAACCGGGUGCCAAGGGCGAGCGAGGCUUACCGGGCCCCAGGGGAGAGAAGGGGGAUCCUGGAAGACAGGGGGAACCUGGAGACCCUGGGGAAGAUGGAGCCAAAGGAUCCCCUGGAGUCAAAGGGGAAAAGGGUUCGGUUGGCAUUGGCCUGCAGGGACCCCCUGGACAAGAUGGGCCUCAAGGUUUGAAGGGUGACACUGGCUUACCUGGCCCACCAGGAUCCCCGGGCGUGCCAGGCAUCGCAGGGACCCCCGGCCAGCCAGGUCUGAGGGCAGAGAAUGGACAGCCAGGCCCACCAGGACCUCCAGGAGAGAGGGGUUUGAUUGGCUUCCCUGGAAGAGACGGCACCUCUGGCUCACCAGGGCCGCCGGGGCCCCCAGGGCCAGCGGGGGCACAAGGCGUCCCAGGACUGAAGGGUGACAAGGGGAACGUGGGGGUUGGACAGCCGGGCCCUAGAGGCGAGCGAGGAGACCCAGGGCCACGGGGUGAAGACGGGCGCCCAGGACUGGAGGGAGAUCGUGGGCCUGCGGGGCCUCCCGGAAACCGAGGGGAGCGUGGUGACAAAGGAGACGUUGGAACUAUGGGGCCCAAAGGAGACAAGGGUGAUACCAUCAUUGUGGAGGGGCCGGCUGGAGUCCGGGGAAGCAAGGGGGAGCCGGGAGACCGCGGUCUGAAGGGGAUGGAAGGGGAAAAAGGCGACAAGGGUGACCCGGGCCUCCCAGGAGAGAAGGGAGGAAGGGGCGAGCAAGGGGAGAAGGGCUCCACAGGCUUCCCAGGAGCACGCGGUCCCGGAGGGCAGAAGGGUGAAGUUGGCGAAUCGGGAGACCCCGGAGAGUCGGGCCUGCCAGGAAAGGAUGGAAUCCCAGGAUCCAGAGGGGAGAAAGGGGACAUAGGGCCACUGGGAAUGCGAGGCCCUAAGGGGGAUCGGGGAACAAAAGGUGCCUGUGGCCAGGAUGGAGAUAAGGGGGAGAAGGGGGAGCCGGGGAUUCCAGGCCGAAUGGGACUUCCAGGAAGGAAGGGCGAGCUGGGAGAGCUGGGCAUGCCUGGAACCCCAGGAAUCCCGGGGAAAGAAGGUCUCAUGGGACCCAAGGGUGACAGGGGAUUUGAUGGUCAGCAGGGAGCCAAAGGAGACCAGGGAGAGAAAGGAGACCGGGGUACUCCAGGCAUUAUUGGCUCCCCAGGCCCUAGGGGCAAUGAUGGAGCACCUGGCCCACCUGGCCCCCCAGGUAGUGUUGGCCCUAAGGGCCCUGAGGGGAUUCAAGGGCAGAAGGGUGAAAGAGGCCCCCCAGGGGAGUCGACUGUAGGGACCCGAGGCGUCCCUGGGAUUCCAGGAGAGAGAGGAGAUCAGGGGAAUCCGGGACUUGAAGGCUCGAGAGGAGAGAAGGGGGACCCUGGCAUGACGGAACAAGAGAUCCGCGCGUUUGUCAGGCAGGAAAUGAGUCAGCACUGCGCUUGCGGAGGGCAGCUCUCCUCUUCUGAACCACGUCUUCUCCCCAACUAUCCAUCCACCCAACCAUUCCCAUCUGUUAAUGCUCAUCUAGUCCCUGUGCUUAAGUUGUCACAUGCUGAAGAAGAGGAGGGGCACGAGGUGCGUGUUGUGAACACAAAUGACCCUGAGUAUGAGCAUGUCUACGCAAUGGAGUACUACGAAGACGGCCUGGAAGCUGAUGGGACAGAGAGCACCAUGCUGAGCGAUGCUGACCUAUGCAGCUUGCCCCUGGACGAGGGAGACUGCAGCAGAUUCACACUCAGGUGGUAUUAUAACCAAAAAGUGGCAGAGUGCCGGCCUUUCGUCUACAGUGGCUGCAGGGGGAACCUCAACCGUUUCUACACCAAGGAGGACUGUGAUCUCCAAUGCAGGCACCAGGCAGAUUCAGAUGCCCAAAUUGCUGCUGACAACACAUCAGAUACGAAGAGGAAUGUGUAAACUGCCCUGUUUUAGUGGGGUUUCCCUGUCCAAGGGGGAACUGACCAAAGGGAGAGAAGACCCCACCUGCCCUCUGAGUGAAAGACUCUUACAGGCUCCUACAGGGGAACUUACCCUGGGCCUGCCCCAGGUCCCAGCCACACAUGGUGCGUUUGGUCUGAGACUCUCCUUGUUGCCAUCUCUGCUCCCUGCAGCGCUGCCCCACAUGCCAGCUUGCUGGAGCAGAGACUUGGUGCUAUUUCGCAAUGAGUGUUUGUGCUGCUCUUGGUUUUACUUUUUAUUAUUAUUUUUAAAUUAAGGUGAAAUUUUUAUCAAAUGGAAAAAAAUAUCUGUAACCUCUUUAAAAAGCCAACAGUUCUGAAUUAGAGCUUUUUAACUUAUUUGAUGCUGAUUAAGAACACACAUAAUGCGUUAGCCGGUCCAAACCUGUUCAUAUUGCCACUUGCUUUAUUUCUGGUUCAAAGGCCUGUGGGCCCCUGCUUGUGAAAUGGACUAGCCAGCUUGAAUGUCUCCUAGCCAAACUGCUCCUGUGGAAUUGGCAAACCACUCACUCAGUGAGCAGAGCUGUGAAUGGCAGCAUUGCACAAAGCCCCUGGAUUCAGUGCCAAAGUUUGCAUGAUGUUAAUUCUCCAAAGGGUAAAAUCAUCUUGGUUUCUGCGUGGAAGCUGCCCCCUUCCAUCCCCCAGGCACUGGAAAUGCUCCUUCGUGGCUUGUAACGCUGUGCUUUCUUUUCUUUUGCUGUUUGUCUUUUGGGGGGACUCGUUGGGCUGUUGGCAAUUCCACCCUUGGGGCUGCCAAAGGAAUAGAACAUACAGGCUGCCUUCCUCUCCUGGCAUAUCCCAGGCAUUUGGACUGUAUCAGAGGAGGAGGAAACACAACCCAGUUGGGCAGCCCUUGAGUCUUAGAGAUGCGAUUUCACGGCUUGGAAGAGACUGGCCAGGUGUCAGUUCUCCUCAAACCCCAGCAAGAGCCAGAGCCCAGGGACCUUCUCUAUAGGCAAUUCCACCAUUCUCAGCCUAACUCUUCUCUUAGCUCCAUGCUCAGAAGCCCUCGCAGACAAGCAUGUUGCAAAUAGCAAAAUACGGUUUACUGCUUAGCAGCGGAGAUCAGCCUCUCUCUCAUGGUCCGUGCAUUUCCCUCUGGAUCCCCAAGCAAUCUGUUCUGCUCCAAAACAGCAUUUCCCUCUGGAUCCCCAAGAAACCUGUUCUGCUCCAGAACAGGAUUUGCCAAAGGAAAGGACCUGGUUGGUGUCUCAAACCUCCAUGCUCCGGUAGGACCAGACUGUUUGCACGCUCCAUUCGCCAUCAUCUCUGCCUUUUUUUUUUUCAAACAAACCAUUUUAUAGUAACUAAGGGUGAUGGGUAGGGCUUGUUAAAGGCACUUUCCUGUUGGCCUCCACCAAAUCCUGGAUGUUAGCUACAUCUCCCGUGUGCUGCUCCCCUGCACUGUGUGCUGCUUGAUGUCUGCAAACAUUCAGUUGGGAUAAAACAGCUGGGAAAUUCAAUUCACACCUGACUGGACCUCCGGUGCAAUUUUGUGCCCAGGCAAAGGUGAUUUUACAGAGGUCCCUGGGAAUAUCCAAGACCGCCGAUUAAAGAAAAGAAAUCAGGAUGUUGUAAAAAUUAAUUUUGGAUUCCAGAUAAACUCUAGUCAGGACCAUUUGCAAAUUUCACACCAUGUAGAGACUUGGGAUUUGGAAAAUCAUGAUUUUUAUUUAAUUACUAAUUGAAUUAACCUCUCAGGUUCCAGGCGGGGGCUUCACAGGGGUUAAGGCUGUAACAUCUGUGCUUGUUAUGCCACUGGGGGAGCUGUGAAAGAGCAACAAAUCUCUCCAAGGAGACAUUCCCCACCUCCUCCAAAAUAAAUUUCAUUUGAAGAAGUUUCACCUUAAUCCUGAACAGUAACCAACAUUCUCAAGCAACAGUGACAGUAUUGGAAGAAACCCAAACAAAGGCCAGAGCGUGUUUGUGUACGUGUGUGUGCGCGCGUGUGGAUUUGUCUGAAUGAUGCACAUUGAUCCACACCCAUUUUAACAAGGCUUUUCUUGAACCUAGUGGUGCUGAACCAUGUUAUGAGAAUAAUCAGGGAAACACUGAGGAUGGUGCUAUGCUAUUGUAAGUUCCUGCCAUCAUACGGCAUUUUAAAAAGCUUUGUAAAAACUGUUUGCAACCCCGGUUUUAUACCAUCACCCUUUUCCCCACCCAAAACGCUGUGCCCCCGGUUGGACAUGCUCGCACUCUCUUUCAGUUCUGUAAAGUGUCAAUACAAACCUCCCAUCUUUACACAGCUGUUCUGAAAAGGGAAACAAGGGUACCCAUCAGAUCUGAAACCAUUCCAAUGGGUGGGUGUAUAUAUGAUAUCUAUAUAUUGCUGCACUGUGUGUGUAUAUAUGUAUACAACAUGUGUCUGUGUGUCUGAAUGCAAGGGAGGUGUCAUUUAAAGCUGCAGUAAUUGGAAUCUGAUGCAGUUAUUGUAAUGAUCGCUAACGAGGGAACACCCUGGGCUAAGACACAGGCACAGACAGAUUUCACUGGCUGGACAGAAGUUAGGGAGCCACAGUGUGACUUUAAAAGAUUGUUUCUGUAGUCAUCGGGUCAUGUUCCUGUGGAGUGGCUUGAAACAGGUGUAGUUGAGGGAAAUGUGACUGGUGUUUCGAGUCUAGGUACAAAGUGCCUGGCUUCGUGUGGUAGGGCAGUCUCUUGCUAUUGAAAGAUUGCCUGGCUGAACAGUACAGAGUAAGAACUAUGCCUGGGAAGACAUGCGUAUGCAGCACUGUUGUGAUCUCAGUGCGUUUACUGUGGAUCUCCAUUUUGAUUACAGUUCAGAUCCUUACUAAAGACUACUACUACUGUGUUUUCUGGUAAUGGCCCAAUUCUGAGGUCUUGGCUCCUGACACAGUCCUAAGUAACCAGCAAUAUCUUAGAGUUGCUGAUGUGUCAUGUCACCUGCCCAGCUGGAAUUGUGCUGUGAUGCUUUCAGCAACCUCCUCUGAAUUUGUCAGGCUUAGAUCUUCAAAGAAUGGGUGUGAGUGCGAAGCCCCCUGUUACAGUAAUGGGCACUAAAACAUCUGACUCGGUUGAGGACAGACCUUCUCCCUGCCUGCAUGGAUUGCCCACUCCCGUGGGAUGCCUGGUCAGUGCCAGUGCUUUCACAGGUAUCCAGCACUGUGCAAUGUGCAAGAAUGACAAUGGAAACAAUCUUUCAGCUUUUUCCAUAAAGGUCUCCUGGAGAACCACCAUCCUCCUUACAUCUGGGCCCAUGUGACCUUGCUGUAGAUCAUUACUAAAGAUAAACUUAACUUAUCAGCAUGUUCCCUGCAUCUUUUGGGGGGAAGUGUUUGUCAGCAUCCAGUGGUGAGUUUCACUUCAGUGUCACCUGGCAACAGCUGACAGAGGCAAAAAUACCACCCUGCCUGGCAGUGACUUUAGAAGAUUUGUCUGGAUAGAUUCAGAGAAGGGUGACUACGAUCCCAGCCUCUGUUGCUUUUGUAGCUGCUCGAUCUGUUUGCCACGGAAGCAAAGCAGGCAGCUGGCAACACCAACCAAAGCGUGUUACUUUGUGUCACUCCAGUUGCUCAGGUACACACUGUACAAGGCUUGUUACUGCUCCUGAUGUUGAACUGCUCAUGUUGGGUGGUUGUUGUUUUUUCUGUCAAGUGCCUUUCAUGACAUAUGGUGCAAAAACUCAAAAUCUGGCAAAUAAAAGUUUGUGAUAUCUCA